GUCGUGUGGCGUCGGCGGAAAGCGUCGCCGAGUGGCGUAACCAACCGUAAUUUCCCGCCGAUUCGGGACGGCGGCGGCGCAAGGUAGCGCGGCCGUGGGACGAGGGCACGUGACGGGCGCUGAUAAGAAGAGGAACUUUCUUUCGGCCGGCUACCGCAGACCAGUUUGCGCCCUGCCGACGUUGACGCAGUCUGCCGCCGCCUGCCAAGCACGAUGGACAAAUACCAGGAACUGCGUGACAUCGCCCAUAAGCUCAGGAUUCUCUCCAUCCAGGCUACCAAUGCGUCCAACAGUGGGCACCCGACGUCAUGCUGCUCCAUGGCAGAGAUCAUGUCUGUGCUGUUCUUCAACACGAUGCGCUACCGCAUCGACGCCCCCAGGGACGCCUCCAGCGACCGCUUCGUCCUCUCCAAGGGCCACGCCGCGCCGAUCCUGUACGCUGCCUGGGCUGAGGCGGGCCUCUUCCCCGCGGAGGACCUCCUCAACCUGCGCAAAAUAGACAACAACCUGGAGGGCCACCCGACGCCUCGCCUCAACUUCGUGGACGUGGCCACAGGGUCGCUCGGGCAGGGACUGAGCUGCGCCGCCGGCAUGGCCUACGUCGGCAAGUACUUCGACAAGGCCAGCUACCGGGUGUUCUGCGUGAUCGGGGACGGGGAGUCCGCAGAGGGCUCCAUCUGGGAGGCCCUGUCCUUUGCCGGCCACUACCAUCUGGACAACCUGGUGGCAAUCUUCGAUGUGAACCGCCUGGGCCAGAGCGAGCCGACCGCCUUCCAGCACCAGAUGGACAUCUACCAGACCAGGCUUGCCUCCUUUGGCUUCAACACAUAUGUGGUGGAUGGGCACGAUGUGGAAGCCCUCUGCAAGGCCUUCUCGGACGCAGCUCUCGUUAAGAACAAACCCACUGCUGUCCUCGCCAAGACCUUCAAGGGCAAGGGCAUUGCAGGCGUUGAGGAUGCCGAGAACUGGCAUGGGAAGCCCCUCGGAGACAAGGCAGAGGCGGCCAUUGCGGCCCUCGAGAAGCAGAUGCAGCACAAGGGUCCCUGGACCCUGAGGCCCCUGGAGCCCAAAGCAGACGCCCCCCAAGUCAGCCUCGACAACAUCCGCCUCUCGGAGCCGCCAAAUUACAAGCUCGGCGAAAAGGUGGCGACGCGCCUGGCGUACGGCACGGCCCUGGCCAAGCUGGGCACCAACAACAGCAGAGUGGUAGCCAUGGACGGGGACACCAAGAACUCUACCUACUCGGACAAGUUCAAGAAGGCCCACCCUGACCGCUACAUCGAGUGCUUCAUCGCCGAGCAGAACCUGGUUGGGGUGGCCAUAGGGUGUGGCUGUAGGGGUCGCACGGUGCCCUUUGCCAGCACCUUUGCGACCUUCUUCUCCCGGGCUUUUGACCAGCUGCGCAUGGGUGCCAUCUCCCAGGCCAACAUCAAGUGUGCCGGCUCGCACGCCGGCAUCUCCAUCGGUGAAGAUGGCCCCUCCCAGAUGGCGCUGGAGGACAUAGCCAUGUUCAGAGCGAUUCCGGGCUGCGUGGUGUUCUACCCAAGCGACGCAGUUUCUUGCGAGCGGGCUUGCGAGCUGGCUGCCAACUUCCAGGGCAUAGUGUUCAUACGCACCUCCCGGCCAAACACUCCGGUGCUUUAUGGCAACGACGAAAGCUUCGCCAUUGGCAAGUCCAAGGUGGUGCGCAAGGGCAGCGGCGACAAGUGCCUGGUGAUUGGUGCGGGCAUCACUCUGUACGAGGCGCUCUCGGCGGCCGACCAGCUGCAGAAACAGGGCGUGUCUGUGCGCGUCCUGGACCUGUUUUGCGUGAAGCCCAUCGACCAGGCGGCCAUUGUGGCCAACGCCCGCGAGUGCGGCGGCAGGAUCGUGGUCGUCGAGGACCACUACCCCGAAGGUGGUCUCGGGGAUGCGGUCUGUUCGGCCAUUGCCCUGGAGAGGAACAUCGUGGUGAAGCACCUGGCUGUUCGUGGCAUUCCUCGCAGCGGCCCCAGCGCUGCCCUCCUGGACAUGUUUGGCAUCAGCAGUUCUCACAUCGUGAAGGCGGUGCAGGAAGUCCUCAAGGUUUAAGUUGAAAUAAGGGCCCCAUACUUUACCAGGGGUCAUAGCAUUUCUGCUCGGAUGGUCUGCCGUCCGGUGAAAAGAUAUGUAUUCUUGCCACACCUUUAAUAUUAUGUUCUCAAUAAAUUUUCACUAAAAUGA